GAUGCGGAGGGCCGGGCGGGAUUCGGCCCCUCGCGCUGCCCGCCCCGCAUCGGCUCCGCCCGGGCCCGCGCAGGGUGAGGCCGGGGGCGGGGCCCGGACGGGACUCGGGGGACGCGGACCGGCCGGCAGACCGCAGGGCACCUGCCACCAUCCGAUGGGGCCGCUGCCUCUGUGCGCGCCAAUAAUGCUACCGUUGCUGCUGAUGCUGGUACCCGGCCUGGAGCCCAGCGCAGCCUCCCAGAGGUCACAUGUCCACCGGCGUGGUCUCCUUGAAUUGGCAGGCACUAUGGAUUGCGUGGGAACUCGCAGCCCCAUAGCCUACAUUAACUAUGGCUGCUAUUGUGGCCUGGGCGGCCAUGGGCAGCCCCGGGACACCAUCGACUGGUGCUGCCAUCGCCAUGACUGCUGCUACACACGUGCUGAGGAGGCCGGCUGCGAGCCCAAGAUAGAACGCUACUCUUGGCAGUGUGUGGACCAGCGCAUCCUCUGUGGGCCAGCAGAGAACAAAUGCCAAGAACUCUUGUGCAAGUGUGACCAGGAGAUUGCUUACUGCUUAGCCCAAACAGAAUACAAUUUAAGGCACCUUCUCUACCCCCAUUUCUUAUGUGAGAAGGACUCACCCAAAUGCAGCUGACUAGCCCGAUUUGAAAUGUUCUUUUGCAUA